UACAGUGCCUACUGAAAACGUGUUAGCUACACUGUACGGCGAUGAUCAGAUUACUUUGACUCGGAAUAUUUCAGGAAUUCCAUGGAUCACCCAUUUUUUCUCAUCAAGACUAGACACGAAACUUAAUUUCACUUGUCGAUUUACCUUUUUUCACGUAUCGCAUACUGUACUAUGGUAGGUGAGGUGUUUGACGUUAGAGAUCCGAAAAAGGUGAUGUGUGGAAUAGAAGCACUUGUACAGAGUUGCGUUUUAGUAUCGCCUCUGGCCAGGUUGAAGUAUUGAAACUUUUUUAAUACAUAGAAGAGAUAUAGCGGAACGACUGGGAGCGACACUACAAAUAACAUUUCAGUACUAGCCAAGAUAAACUAUGCGUGGCUCCCAGCUGGUUGCUAAGAAGGGUUAAACUGUAUCUGAAAGCCGUCGGAGAAUCCUGCCUUUCCCCCACACGGAUCAACUCAUUGGAUGGGAGCUGAAAGAGAGACAAGACUCCCCAGCAAAUCAGGAGCUAAUUGAUUAAAGAGACUUCAUUUGAAUAGGGGGCUGGCGAUGUGCCAAUUGCCUUUCAAAGAACCCCUGUAUGAUUAAUCGCAAAGCAUUAUUGAUAAUCAUAAUUAUAGCAGGACACAUGCGCGGUGGAUGGGCUCGAUUUCCGUAAUUCUGAGAAGAUUUUUUGGUAAUUUUUUAUUCUGCCCUGGCUGAUGUGUGAACCAGCAUGUCGCGGAGGAAACAAGCGAAGCCGCAGCAUUUCCAGUCGGACCCGCAUCUGGCAUUAUCCGAGCACAAUGGGGACGCGGAACCCUACUCGGAUGUCAUCCCUGUUAAGGACACUGAUGCACACGUUUGUAGCUGCUGCUGUGCAGAGUUCUUUGAGCUGUCCGAUUUGAAACAGCACCAGAAGAACUGCACCGAGAACCAGCUAGUCCUGAUAGUGAAUGAGAAUCCAGAAUCUCCGUCUGAUGCCUUCUCCCCAAGCUCACCUUCUGUCUACCCAGACGAGCAGAUGAUCAGCGUGGCUAUUAAAGCAGACCAUGGUGAUUGCCGGGACCUUUUCGAGCCCUGUGUGCUCAAUAAAGAGGAGUCGAUGGAUAUGGAAGCCCCCAAAAUUCCGAGUAACCAUAGCAGCAAUAACUGCAGUCCCAUCAUUGACGACAGCAGCGGUGUCAUCGCCCACAGCAGCCAAUCCGUGGACAACAUAGAGGCAUCAGCAUCUUCACCUCAAAUGGACAACCUGACUAAACCGGGCAACUUUUCCAUGAUCAGCAGCAACGUCAUCAUUGAAAACCUGCAGAGCACAAAAGUCGCUGUAGCCCAGUUCUCCCAGGAGACCCGCUCUAAAGGCGGCAGCAAGAUGGAGGCCCCGGCCUUAAUGGAGCAGCUCCUGGCCUUGCAGCAGCAGCAGGUCCAUCAGCUGCAGCUAAUCGAGCAAAUCCGUCAUCAAAUAAUACUGCUGGCCUCCCAGAACCCUGAGACACCUUUGCCCCUCAUCUCCUCUCAAGGUGCGAUACCGAAACCCGGGAGUCCGCUGACCACCCUCAGCUCUCAUCUCUCCCAGCAGCUGGCUGCUGCUGCAGGAUUAGCGCAAAGCUUGGCAAGCCAGUCGGCCGACAUAAGCAGCCUCAAGCAAAUGGCUACAGCAGCACAGCUACCACAGAGUAAACCUGGUAGCGGCUACAUCCCCCCUGGCAGAGAAUCCUCUCAGAACACUGGCACGAUGGCAGAAGUAACACUUAGCGAGCAGCCCUCUGAAAAACAGCCGGUGCAUCCUCUACCCAGCAACCUGCCGUUGACAAAUACACAGGCGUUCGGAAUAAGUAGCCUGUUAAACUCUGGGGCAAACCCACUUCUACCUCAGUCCCCCUCUGUUACCCCCUUGUUCUCUAAUUCGCUACCUAGCAUCAGCACAAUGGUGGAAGACCUGAGCUCCCUGUCCGCCCUGGCACAGCAGAGGAAAGGCAAGCCAAACGGAUCCACCGCCUUUGAGCCCAAGGGCGCCCCGGAGGAGGCCUUCUUCAAGCAUAAGUGCAGGUUUUGCGCCAAGGUGUUCGGGAGCGACAGUGCCUUGCAGAUCCACCUGCGUUCACACACUGGCGAGCGGCCCUACAAGUGCAACAUCUGUGGGAACCGCUUCUCCACCCGCGGCAACCUGAAGGUCCACUUUCAACGGCAUAAAGAGAAGUACCCCCACAUCGAGAUGAAUCCAUACCCAGUCCCUGAACAUCUGGAUAAUAUUCCAACAAGUACUGGUAUCCCAUAUGGCAUGUCCAUGCCCCCGGAAAAACCAGUCACCACCUGGCUGGACAGUAAACCUGUUCUGUCUACUUUGACCACUUCAGUAGGCCUCUUGCUCCCGUCAACGAUUCCGUGUUUGCCCCCUUUCAUUAAGAAGGAGGAGUGUCACUCUAUUGCAAUUACCAACCCUUCCAGUCCUGUUAAAAGUGACUCGGGAGUCACAGAGCUUUCCGCAAAGGGAACUGACAGUGUAGCAGAAGAAGGAAACAGGGGAAACUGGCCUACCUCAGAGGGAAAAGCUAAAGAGGGUGAUCAAACUUUUAGUCUCUUUACCAGUUGUACAGCAGAGAAUACAUCAGAUUGUACUUCCCCAAAUAGGCUCCCUGUGACUACCAAUCCACUCAUGCCUCUGAUGUCAGAGCAGUUCAAGGCUAAGUUUCCCUUUGCCGGCCUUCUGGACCCCAUACAAUCAUCUGAGACGUCCAAGCUCCAGCAGCUAGUGGAGAACAUCGACAAGAAGGUGACGGACCCAAACGAGUGCAUCGUCUGCCACCGGGUGCUGAGUUGCCAGAGUGCCCUGAAGAUGCACUACCGCACACAUACAGGGGAGAGACCCUUCAAAUGCAAGGUGUGUGGCCGUGCUUUCACCACAAAGGGCAACCUCAAAACGCACUAUAGCGUGCAUCGCGCCAUGCCGCCACUAAGGGUCCAACAUUCCUGUCCCAUCUGCCAGAAGAAGUUCACUAAUGCUGUGGUCCUGCAGCAGCACAUCCGCAUGCACAUGGGCGGACAGAUUCCCAACACCCCCCUGCCAGAAAAUUACCCAGAAUCCAUGGAGUCUGACACAGGAUCACUUGAGGAGACAAAUUUUGACGAUUUUGAAAACUUUUCGGAUGAGACCAUGGAGGAUUGCCCUGAGAACGGGAUCCCUGACACCCCCAAGUCAACGGAUGCCUCCCAGGAGAGUUUGUGCUCCUCUCCCAUACAACCGGAAAUAAUGGGGAUAGCCAGCUUGGAGAACCAGAAGCGGAUCACCCAGCAGGGGCUGAUUGAUGAAUUGCAGGCUAAAAAGUUGGUGGAAAAUGGUAUAAUGGAGGGAGAUCGCAUAAGUAAUGACUCAUCACCUGUUGCAGAGGACAUUGAGAGUCAGUGUACUGGGAGCCCCGCUAUCUCUGAAUCUACCUCCUCCAUGCAAGCACCCUCCCCUACCAAUUCUGUCCCUGGCCAGCGCACAUCCCCCAGCUAUGAGGAAAGGCAACAGAGAGCUCUACUGCUAGAACACUCAGGCACCAGGCUCAUACAAUUCCCCAGUGUGACAGCCUUGGACCUAACGUCUUGCAACCCCUCAAAAGACCCAUUAAGCAUGCUUUUCCCUUUCCGAGAGCGUGGCACCCUCAAGAACACGGUGUGUGACAUUUGCGGCAAGACAUUUGCAUGUCAGAGUGCCUUGGACAUCCAUUACCGAAGCCAUACCAAAGAAAGACCAUUUAUUUGCACAGCCUGCAAUCGGGGGUUCUCCACAAAGGGCAACCUCAAGCAACACAUGUUGACGCACCAGAUGAGAGACCUGCCUUCCCAGCUCUUUGAGCCGUCCAAUCCUAGCCUCACCUCUAGCCCCACCCCGUCGGUCCUCUCUGUUGGGUCCCUGUCAUCCAUGAUCAAGACAGAGGUCAAUGGCUUUCUGCACAGCUCCUCCCAUGAUGGCAAAGACCCUGCAGUGGGUGUGGUGAACUCUUCAGGUGCCACGUCCCUUGUGCUCCCAGCCGCUCCACCUCGUCGUACACCCAAGCAGCACUAUUGCCACACCUGUGGGAAGAUGUUCUCUUCCUCCAGUGCUCUGCAGAUCCACGAACGCACGCACACAGGAGAGAAGCCCUUUGCUUGUACCAUUUGUGGCAGAGCAUUCACUACCAAAGGCAAUCUCAAGGUGCACAUGGGAACGCACAUGUGGAAUAGUGCCCAAGUCCGUCGGGGUCGCAGGCUCUCUGUGGAUGGCCCCAUGGCCUUCCUGGGUACCAACCCUGUCAAAUUUCCUGAGAUCUUCCAUAAGGACAUCACAGCCCGAGCAAGCAAUGGGGAACCAGGGAACUUUUGGAAUCAGUAUGCCACGGCUUUUCCCAACGGCCUGGCCAUGAAGACCAACGAGAUCUCAGUCAUCCAGAACGGGGGACUGGCUCCUCUUUCCGGGAGCAUUGGAAACGGAGGGAAUUCUCCCGUCGGCGGCCUGACGGGCAGCCUGGACAGGCUGAGCAGCGCAGAACCCAAUGCCGCCCUCGCCAGCCUGGAGAAGAUGGCAGGUGUGGAAAGUGGAGCUCAUUUCCGGUUCACGCGCUUCAUGGAAGACAACAAAGAGAUAGUCACCAACUAGACCCGCGGAGAGUGACAGUCCCAGAUGUGUAUCCCAAUACAUGUAAGGAACAGUAAAGAACGUCUUUUGCCUUUGAAACAAACGAAAAUGUUAAUUUCCUUUGUACAAUGUACAACAUUAUUGUUAACGUUUUGUACAAUGUACAACAUGUUAUGGUUUUACGGAACUUAUUUAUUAGUGAUGAUUAUGAUGUCGCUUGGAAUCAAGUGUAAGCAUUAACAGUCCCACUGGUUUUCCUGUUUCAUGUCCUGAAUGGAUUUGUAUGAAGAAUUUGAAAAUAUCCCUAGAAAAGUCAACUUUUCCAUAUACAUCUGCUUAGGUUAGGCUACUUCACCUUGGCUAUAAAUUAUUUUGUAUAUGUAGUGUGUUUGUUAUAAAUACAUAAUAUUUGGUGUGCAAAUAAUGUUUUAGAUCUUUAUUAAACAAAACGUAAAGGAUGUACAUAGUAUAUGUUGAUUCUGGGGAUCCAUCCAGAUGUACAUGUUUUAUCUUGCAAGAAAAAGAACAAGGAACAAAACUUACCUGAUCAUUAAUUUUAUUAAGUUUGUAAUUUUUAUUAAAAAAAAAAGUUUUAAAAAACUUAUUUCAGUUAGUAUGUAGAUGAAUAUUGACCGAUUCCAACAAAUUUGUCAUUGUAUUUCACUUUUCAUUUUGCAGAGAAAAAAAAGAGUUCUCAAAUAUUAGUACCAAAAAAUAAUUAUACCACUACAUUUGAAAAAGAAAAAGAGAAAAAUGGGUUAUGCUGAACUUUAACCUUCAAUGGUUUUGUUUUCAGAUAUUUUUCUUGCUGUGAUUUUUUUUAGUUGCUUUGACUGUCAUUUUUGUAUGGGGGUGCAUUCGAUUUAGAAACAAAAACUUCAUGAAGAGGAGAACAUUUUUCAGGAAUUCUUGGCAUAGUUGUUUGACCCGAGAACGAAGGAAAAAAAUACCUUAUCGGUGUUUUUCAUGUGUAUAAAGUGCUGAACUUCCACGUUGCUGCUAUGUCUUUGCACCUCCAUGGACACCACAUGAAAAGGACGUGUAGAUGCUGUUGUAAGUACCGUCAGUUAUGGAUGUACAUAUACUCAUUACAAAACAAGUCCUUCCUGAGCAGGGGAUGAAUACAUGUUUUUAUAAACAUAUGUGUAUAUACAGUAUAUAUACACAAUUAUAGAUGAAAGGUCUGAAAAUACUUGGACUGUUACACGCACAUUCUUGGAAAGUUGGAAGAUCUUUAUGAGUCCGGUUUCUCUACAGUUUAAUACCUACUAACAACGGAA